AUGUUUAGCCCAAAUAAGAAGCAGAAGAAGGGCUCACAAAAUAGUAAUAAUAAUAAUAAUAAUACAAAUAUGAUCUCAUUAUCGACGGACACGACGAUCAACACAGAGAUGUGUUGCGGAUGUCAGCGCCCGAUAUCUGAUCGUUAUAUUAUGCGAGUAAUGGAUCACUCAUGGCAUGAGUCCUGCCUUCAGUGCACUAUAGAAAACUCUACUGUAAAUCAGAUUAUGAUAAUGGACGUGACCGUCAGUCACGUCUGUAGUCUACGGCAGUCACAGGUGGUCCGAAUCAGUCAUGCUUUCAAUUUAUGCCCAAAACUCGUCGAAAAUAUUGGUUAA